AUGACUCUCAUCACUGUCGCUCGCGCGGCACUGCUCACCCUUCUGGCCAGCGGCGCGGCUGCCAUGCCAACCAUGGAGCGCAACGUCCCCAGACCUGAACGAGUCGAGGCCUCCGGUACACCUUCCACUUUCUCUGAGAACGCCACCGCUGUCGAUGUGCCCGACGCCAUGAGCAAGCUGGCCUUGAACUAUCUGUACGGCCAGCAGAAGGUCCGCGGUGUCAACCUCGGUGGUUGGCUCGUGCUCGAGGCAUGGAUCACGCCGUCGCUCUUCGAGCAGACAGGUAACUCGGCCAUUAUUGACGAGUGGACGUUUGCCCAGUUCCAGGACCGCGCGCGCGCUGCCGACGCCCUCCAGCGUCACUGGGACACCUGGAUCACUGAGGAUGACUUCCGCCAGAUUGCAGCGGCCGGCCUCAACCACGUCCGCAUCCCCGUCGGCUACUGGGCAUACGACAUCUCAGCUGGCGAGCCGUAUCACCAGGGCCAGGCGCUGUACGUUGACCGCGCUGUCGGCUGGGCCCGCAACCACGGCCUCAAGGUCCUCCUUGAGAUUCACGGCGCCCCCGGUUCGCAGAACGGCUUCGACAACUCUGGCCAGUAUGGCACUCCACACUUCCAGGACAACCCGCAGAACGCACUCCGUCUCAAGAAUGUCGUCAACACUCUUGCCAAGAAGUAUGCUAAUGACCAAACCGUUACCGCCCUCGGACUCCUCAACGAGCCUGCCACCUUCUACGGCCAGCAGAUCCUCGACUACACCACUCAGUAUUGGCGCGACAGCUAUGGCGCAACCCGCUGGCCUUGGGCCGAGGAAGGCAACGGCGCACAGUCCAACCUUCUCCUCGUCAUUAGCGACGGUUUCCAGCCCCUCUCGCACUGGAACAACUUCAUGAAUGAUCCGCAGUACACCUCGGUCGCCAUCGACACUCACUAUUACCAGGUCUUCAACAACGAGGAGCUCAGCUGGACAUGGCCCCAGCGCUUGCAGCAGGUCUGCAGCAAGCGUGGACUCUACUCUGCCUCUCCAAACUGGCUCCUCGUCGGCGAGUGGUCACUCGCUUCCACCGAUUGUGCAAAGUUCCUCAACGCUCGUCAUAAAGGCCACCGCUACGAUGGCACGUUUGAAGGCUCGGCUCGUUUCGGUAGCUGCUCCGAUAAGACUGGUGGCGGCAACAACUUCUCUCCCGAGUACAAGGAGUUCAUGCGUCAGUUCUUCGACACCCAGGCCCAGGUUUAUGAGAACCACAGCCAGGGCUGGUUCUACUGGUGUUGGAAGAACGAGGACGCCGCCGACUGGUCGUACAAGCGCGGCAUGGAGCUGGGCUUUAUCCCUCGCAACCCCACCAGUUACAAGUACCCUCUUGCCAACACCUGCAACUAG